CUUGCCGCCAGGAAGACUCUCUGGAUAUAUUCCGCCAGCCUAGCCCCCUGGUGGGGCGGGUUCUGGGAACGAAUGGUGAGGAGCGUCAAGGAUCUGCUUCGACGCUCCAACGGUCGAGCUUGUCUGGACUACAUGGAAUUGGAAGCAAGCUUAAUUGAGAUAGAAAGCGUGAUUAACGCACGCCCGCUCAGCUAUAUCGGAGAAGGAGCCGAUGAUCCGCUUCCAAUCACUCCUAACCAAUUCCUCAACAAUCGACGUUCUACUCGCGCGGACCCGGAGCCAGCUACUAAUUUAAUAGCUCCUACCUCAACUAGCACCAAGUUGUUAGAAAUGGAUAAGCUCAGAAGAAAUUACGUUGCCGAUAUCUGCUCCAGAUUUGUGGACGACUAUUUACGUCAACUGGACAACUUUCACUCCAAGGGGAAGUCCGGAAGAAAAAUCCGCCUAGGAGAAAUCGUCGUAAUCCACGACGAAAACUCCAAACGUUUAAUGUGGCCGAUAGGAGUAGUUAAGGAAUUAAUACCUAGCCGUGACGGACUUAUUCGUUCCGUGAUGCUUAAAAUUCCCAACGGGAACCUCAUUAAUCGAGCAAUUCAGUCCCUUCACCCCACAGAACUAAGAGAAGAUCGAGAUGAGGACAUCGAGAUUGAAAAUCCGGAUCCGACCCAGGAGCCGGAUGAGGAUCCAGCUCCACUUGUCCUAACACCGGAAAUUGAGCCAGCGGUCAGAAAUGUGGUACCGGCCGCCGGAGAGACGGACAACGUCGUCGGAGAAGUCGAGCCAGAUGGUACGGGCUCUAGUGGGGAGUAUGUUGGGAAUGUAAUCGCCCAACAGACGACGACAACCCGAUCCGGCCGCCGGACGACUGCACCCGCGCAUUUGCGCGACUAUUGUCUCAGGGGCCCCCGAUAGGUGGCCCCAAACCCCCAUUGUUUCCCCUCCUUUAAUUGUUACCCCCCCACUAAGUGACUGUAAAUCUAUCAGUGUAAAUCAAAUAGACGGUUG